AUGGUUCAAAUCAGUGAAGUGAAAGAUAACGACUCAAGAGAGUCAAGAACUGCUGCUCACACACAUAUCAAAGGUUUGGGGCUAGAUGAACGCGGAAUUGCUAAACCAAUUGAUAAUGGUUUUGUAGGCCAAGCAGAAGCCAGAGAAGCUGCUGGUGUCAUCGUUGAUUUAAUCAAAGCUAAAAAGAUGAGUGGUAAAGCUAUCUUACUUGCAGGUGGUCCUGCUACUGGUAAAACUGCUAUCGCCCUAGCUAUUUCUCAAGAAUUAGGACCAAAGGUUCCAUUUACACCAAUCGUUGGUUCAGAAUUAUAUUCCGUUGAAGUUAAAAAAACAGAAGCAUUAAUGGAGAAUUUUAGAAGAGCAAUUGGUUUGAGAAUUAAAGAAACAAAGGAAGUUUAUGAAGGUGAAGUUACUGAAUUGACUCCAGAAGAAAGUGAGAAUCCAUUAGGUGGUUAUGGUAAAACUAUUUCACACGUUAUUGUUGGAUUGAAAUCUGCAAAAGGUACUAAAACUUUAAGAUUAGACCCAAGUAUCUAUGAAAGUAUUCAAAAAGAAAAAGUUACUAUUGGUGAUGUUAUAUAUAUUGAAUCAAAUACUGGUUCUGUGAAGAGAGUUGGUAGAUCAGAUGCAUAUGCCACUGAGUUUGAUUUGGAAGCUGAAGAAUACGUUCCAUUGCCAAAAGGUGAUGUUCAUAAAAAGAAAGAAAUUGUCCAAGAUAUCACAUUACAUGAUUUAGAUGUUGCUAAUGCCAGACCUCAAGGUGGUCAAGAUGUCUUGUCUAUGAUGGGUCAAUUGUUGAAACCAAGAAAAACUGAAAUCACUGAAAAACUACGUCAAGAAGUUAACAAAGUUGUUCAAAAAUAUAUUGAUCAAGGUGUUGCUGAACUAGUUCCAGGUGUUUUAUUUAUUGAUGAAGUUAAUAUGCUCGAUAUUGAAAUUUUUACAUAUUUGAACAGAGCUUUAGAAGCUUCAAUUGCUCCAAUCGUUGUCUUAGCCUCAAAUAGAGGUUUAACCACCGUCAGAGGCACUGAAGAUAUCAAAGCACCACAUGGUAUUCCACCAGAUUUAAUUGACAGAUUAUUGAUAAUCCGUACAUUGCCAUAUUCAACUGAAGAGAUCAAGGUCAUCAUAGAGAAAAGAGCCAAGAUCGAAAACUUGCCUGUGAGUGCAGAAGCUUUGGAUAAACUAGCAGCUGAAGGAACAAAAACUUCAUUACGUUAUGCUUUACAAUUAUUAUCACCAGCAGGUAUCCUUUCCAAGACUUUUGGGCAUAAUGAAAUUCAAGUUAGUGAUAUCGAUGAAGCUCAAUCAUUAUUUUUGGAUGCUAAAAGAAGUACAAAAGUUUUGGAAACUUCUCAAGGUUACAUUUAG